AUGGAUCCCAAUUUUGAUCCAGAUAGCUAUGUACAUAAAGGUGGCCAGAAGCGACUCGAUAAUCAGCUCAGAGAGCUAGAAGCUAACUCCCCCGACACUGGCUACAUUUCUAUCAUUCGGACUCUACAUAUUCAGUUGCUCGAUCUCUCAGGGAAACGAAUGGAAGCUGAGCACAAAUACUCGUUGGCGGCUCACGCUCACUCUUUUCGGGAGCGCUCGCUCAAUCAGCAAGUCAACAAGCUGCAAGGGUACUGCUCCACGUUCGCGGCAGACAGGAACAGUCUUUUGGAAGAAAAUCUGAAUCUGAAGGGAGAACUGGCUAAGACAAAUCACAAGAGGAAGACACAAGAUGACAGUUUGAAGGCGCUGUAUGGUGUGGCAGCCGAUCUUUUGCAGGAGGUGGAUGAAUUAAAAAGCACAAUUGCACUCACCAAAUCUGCGGCGCAAGACUCUACAAUCAACGCCCGCGAGGCCACGUCGAGGAAGCGGAAGGAGUCCGAUAAGACCCUUAUAUCCCCGGUCGAUACCGACUUAAACCCUCUACAUCCUUUGGCAGCCACGACCGUCUUUCCCGAGCCCGCAAAGAAGAAGUUGAAAGAAUUUCAUCCGUCCCCCACAAACGUACAAAACGUCGUUCUUUGCACACAAUGCUACGCUCACGGCUUGAAGUGCGACCACGGUAGCCCGUGUCAGUACUGUAUCAAGAGCAAGAAGGCCUGCAAGCGCAAGAAGUGCAGUACUUACGAAGCUGGAGAGAACCAAUGUACCAACAGGCACUGCUUUCUGGCACACCCGGAAGACGGGUACAAGAAUGCAACACAAAUGCCUAAAGCUAGAAGGGAGAGGGGUUUGCCGCCUCUUGGUCGGAUCUCUCGUUGGUAAAUUCCGUUGGGGUUGAGGAUACGGUCGAGUGUAGCAUCAUCCUAGAGAGUAUCAUCGGUCUCUAGCAGAUCGACGAAGCUAUCUAUCGCUUGUCAGUAGGCAAGAGACUUAGGCCUUCAAUGACAACCCAACUUUUACGGAGCACAUGGCCAAAUAGGAGAUAGAAAUGUGUACCUUAAAUUGGUUCUCAUGUUUUUUUAGCGGUUAAACGAAUCACCGUGGCUAGAUAAGUAACCUCGC